CGCGUCCCUCCCUACUCUCCCUCCCCCGUUUUCAGGAGAAGCUCCAAGCAGUUGUGGAAGCGGGACAAUGACGCUGUGUAUUCCAAAGUUUGUAUUCUUUAGUCAAACUAUCAUAGCAGGUCUUUGCUACACACUUAAUGUGACGAUAUCACCUUCUCCGUGGGUGCUGCACCCUGUUGGUGAGAAUGCUUCACUUUGGUGUUCUGUUACACAGAAGAGGCGAAAGGACAGCCUGUUGACUGCACGCUGGAUUUUUUCCCCAGAUUCUGGACAUGAACAGAUUAUUGGCCGUAUUACAAAAUUUGGCACAGCUCACAUUGCUGCUAACUGGAGUCACAGAGGGGAUAUGAGCACUGACAGCACUGAUAAAGGAUACCAUUUCUUGCUAUUACUCAUCGACUUGCGUCCUUCAGACCAGGGUCACUACACUUGCCGUAUUCAGGAGGUGACCAGAUACAGGAGCCGUUGGAUUGCUGUAUCUAAUGGCACAGCAGUUACCCAGUUGAGGGUGACAUCUCUUACAAUAUCUGAGGAAAAAAAGCUGUUCACGUGGAAUUUAUUUCAAGAUGUGUAUGUAUAUGCUGUGCUUCUCUGCUGUGUGGGCAUCCUUAGCAUCAUGACCUUCCUUCUCAUUCUCCUGUGCCAGGGCAUAUACCACAUGAGGCACUCCAAAGUGAAAUGGAAGAGCUCCCAAGAGAGGUCUUGUGGCCAGAAUCCAAGUUCCAUGGAUCUGUGGUCAGUUCAGCACCACAAAAAGAAGAGGGCAGAUGACCAGGAGGCUCCUCCUGCCAUUCCCGUAAAAAGCCCUUUGAUCAGUGUGACAAAGAAUCCUCAGCAAUUCCCACUGCUGCCUCAACUGGUAGAGGAAGGUUUGGCUUAUGCAGAGCUGGAGUUGAUGAAAUCCCCAGUGCCAGUUAAAGAUCCCAAGUCCACCACAGUGUAUGCACAGAUACUUUUCGAAGAGAGCUCAUUGGGACAGGAAAAUAGGCCUGCGGAAGAAAGGAUAACCACUGAGAGCCCAAAUGUAACAUUCGACCCAAGGGGCCCAAGAGUACACAGCUUCUAUAACACAGGGUGGUGAUUUUUGCUUCUUGGAUCUCAAACUGGAUGGUACUUGCAGCUGUUUUAAAAAGACUGUACUUUUAGAUUUUUCCACCGAGGGAGCUAAUUAUGUGUUGAUACAAACCAAGUGUUUGCUUGCGGUCCAUGUGAGAUGAUCAGCAGCCAUGAUCGGUGUGUAAUGGCAGCCUGUUGGCUGCCUGUGUGACAUGUGAUUGACAGCAAUUUGUGAUGGCCAGGGUCAUCUUUAACAUUGAUUGGACCCUUGGCAAGCAUUUCCUUUGGCCUCCCUCUGUGCUCCCUAGCAUGCAAUCACUCCAUCCGCUCCCAUGCCAAAAUUGCCACACUUUGCCAGUGUGAGAGACAGAGUGCAGUCUUCCCUCCUUCUGACCCUGCCGUGAGUUUGAGAGGUCCUCUUUCUCGUAAUAAUCACCAGAGUCCCUUUGUCCCCUCAUUCACUAAGCCACAUCUCUCUUUUCCUUCCUUCCUGUAGUUCAGGUAAACAUCAAAUAAACCACACAUGUAAACAACCCUUGCAUGUGUAGAUCAACUGAAUAACACACACACACACACACAGCAUAUAUAGAGCAAUUGAAAAUCACAUGUGAACUCGGCAUUGAAGCUAUAGAUCAAAUAAACAGAAUC